AUGGCCUCUGCUGCUUCCAUUCCCUCGUCAGAACCAGAACCACCAAAAGUUCAUGCAUCUCAUAUUACAAGCAUCAAAGCCUUUGUAGAAUCAAAAGGAGAUUCUUCUCCUAUCCCUUCCACCUACCACUCCAUCACACAACUCCAUGAUGAUAAUGAUGUUGCAGACGACUUUGCAGUUUCCAUCCCAAUCAUAGACUUUUCUCAUCUCUCUUCCCACCACCCUCAGACUCACGCCCAAGCGGUGCACCUACUCGGCAAGGCCUGUUCUGAGUGGGGUUUCUUCUUGCUCAUAAAUCAUGGAAUUCCCGAGAACCUGGUGGAGAAGUUGAUGAAAAAAUCUCGCGAGUUUCAUGAUUUGCCGAUGGAGGAAAAGGAGUCCGGUGACAAGGGCCCUUUUGAACCCAUUAGGUAUGGCACCAGCUUUUGUCCUCAAGUGGAGAAGGUUCAUUAUUGGAGAGAUUAUCUCAAGGCUAUCACGUUUCCUCAAUUCAACUUCCCCCACAAACCAUCAGGUUACAGGGAGGUUGCUUAUGACUAUAGCCAGAAAAUCAGAAGUGUGACAAGGAAGUUGCUUGAAGGAAUAUCAGAGAGUUUAGGAUUAGCAUCCAAUUCGAUAAUUGAGUGCACUGAUUUUGACUCUGGCCAUCAGCUCUUCGCUGUGAACAUGUAUCCACCAUGUCCACAACCACACCUUGCUCUAGGGAUGCCUUCACAUUCGGACAUAGGCUUAUUGACCUUGCUCACGCAGAAUGGAAUUGGAGGACUUCAGGUUAAGCACCAUGGUAAAUGGGUCAACGUUAAUCCCCUUCCUAACUGCCAAAUUGUCUUACUUUCAGAUCAACUCGAGGUUGUGAGUAACGGGAGGUACGAGAGGGUGUUGCACCGAGCAAUCCUGAACAACAGAGACACUAGGAUUAGUGUUGUGUUGGCGAAUGGACCUGCGCUAGAUAAGGAAAUUGGACCUGUGGCGGAGCUAUUGGAGAAUGAGAAGCCAUUGUUCAGAAGCAUCAAAUACCGGGACUACUUCCAAUUUCAACAGAGGUCACGGCUAGCUGAUAAAAGUAGCUUGGACGAGAUUCGCCUUAAUUAA